AAAAGCUUUGGUCGAUCAUCAUCAUCGUCGUCGUCGUCCUUCAUUGGUAACUUCUGCUACUGGUGCGGUCGGUCGGAAUGGCUGGGUUGCUAAAGAAGACGACCGGGCUGACGGGACUGGCAGUAUCCAAGAACCCGCACCACGAGCUGACUGUUCUCUACAACAAGAUUCUUCGCGCACUUGAGAAGUUGCCGCAGAGCGCGGCCUACAGGCGUUACACGGAGCAGAUCGUGAACGAGCGCCUCUCGCUAGUUCAAAGCGAAAAAGACAUCGCUCAGCUGGAAAAGCGUAUUGGUGCCGGACAGAUUGAGCAAGUGAUCAAGCAGGCUGAAGGUGAGCUGGUGCUGGCAAGGCGCAUGCUAAAUUGGAAGCCAUGGGAGCCCCUGGUUGCCAAGCCGCCUGCUGGCCAGUGGAGUUGGCCACCCAAGUAAUGGACAGCCAACUAUAGCGGCAAGAUUACUCGGCGAGUCACUUCAUGUCUAGCGUGGAAAUUGGAUGAAUAGCCUACGUGGAUGGCUUCCUUUGCAACUUUGUUAGAGGCUGCUUGCUUUAUGUCAUUUAUAGUUACAGAAUAAAUUAAUAUCAACCACUUCA